AUGGCAUCACAACAAUCUUAUACCAGACGUACCUCAUUUAUCAUCCAAAAACGUGACCCCAACAAUCAAUUUCUGAAGCUCAAUUCGGCCGAUUUCAGUUCUCCAGCUACGGCUAUUGCUGUGGACGCUAAUAACGCAGGAAAUCUGAAGGUAGGGCCAAGCAGUGGUCAACACAGGCGUGAAUCUUUUCUUUAUCGACAAUCAGUCGACGAACGUGAAGUUAAUCAUUCCGCUUCACGUACUUCAUCUGUCACCUCUAUUGCACCACAGUAUGGCGAAGAGUUGAUCGUUACGCCAUUUGCACAAAUUUUAGCCAGUUUACGAAAUGUACGCAAUAAUCUAAUUCUAAUUGCAAAUAUACCAUCGGAUGAGAAUCGUCCAAGACCAAUUCCAAAACGACCACCACUUCAUAGUACAACAUUACCGUCUGAUGUUAUACAGUGUGGCCAAGAUACUCUUGAUGAAUUGGACUGGUGCUUGGAUCAACUGGAAACAAUCCAGACUCAUCGAUCUGUAUCUGAUAUGGCAUCUAAUAAAUUUCGUAAAAUGCUUAACAAAGAGCUUAUACAUUUCGCCGAAUCAUCUAAAUCGGGUACGCAAAUAUCGCAAUUUCUUAUCGAUACUUACACGGAUAAGGAUGAUGAUGAAGUAUCACAAAAUAUAACGGUACCAGAUGAUACUGCAUCUACUUCUUCCUUAGAUAAUUUUUCGAUAUCAGUAUUGGGUAAAGCAAAAACUGCAGCAAUAUCGCAAAUUGUCGGUAUACGUAAGUUGAAAUCACCCUUCGAUGAUCACAUACUGCAAUAUGAUGUAAAUGAUCACAAGGAAUUACAAGUUUAUAUGCAAAAGCUUGAUGAAUGGGGCCCAAAUAUAUUCAAAAUACAAGAAUCGAGCAAAGGACAUUCGCUUACUUCUAUUACUUUCAGUAUUAUGGAAAAGCGUGGUUUAUUGAAAACAUUUGAAAUUCCAUCGGGUAUUUUGUUGAAUUAUUUGCUUCAUUUGGAGCACCACUACAGGGAUAUUCCUUAUCAUAAUCAAGUUCAUGCUGCUGAUGUUACUCAAUCUGUUAACGUUCUUAUCUCAUCACCAGUUCUACAGAAUGUAUUCUCAGAACUGGAAGUAUUAGCAUCGAUAUUUGCGGGUGCCAUACAUGAUGUUGAUCAUCCCGGUUUUACCAAUCAUUACCUCAUUAAUACUAAUUCGGAAUUGGCUAUAAUGUAUAACGAUGAAUCCGUCUUAGAACAGCAUCAUUUAGCGGUUGCAUUCAAAUUAUUGCAAGAUUCCAGUUGUGAUUUCAUCGUUUCACUUAGUAAAAAACAACGUCAACUAUUUCGUAAACUAACCAUUGAAAUGGUGUUGGCAACAGAUAUGUCAAAGCACAUGAGUAUAUUAGCUGACCUAAAAACUAUGGUUGAAGCAAAAAAAGUCGCAGGUUCAUCAGUUUUAACAUUGGAUAAGACGGAUCGCAUGCAGGUAAUGCAAACAAUGAUUCAUCUGGCAGAUUUAUCAAAUCCAACGAAACCGAUCGACUUGUAUCGUAUUUGGGUAGAUAAUAUAAUGGAAGAAUACUGGAGGCAAGGCGAUAGGGAACGAGACUUGGGCAUUGAUAUCUCACCGAUGUGUGAUCGAAAUAAUAUCACGAUUGCGAAAUCUCAGGUUGGUUUCAUCGAUUUUAUCGUACAUCCAUUAUUUGAAACAUGGGCAGAUUUGGUAAAUCCGCACGCCCAGUAUAUACUUGAUCAACUUGAAUUAAAUCGUUCAUGGUAUCAGGCUCGUAUAUCGGAAGAGCAAAGUACUAUGGUGGAGGAAAAUGAUGCAAAUGUUGAAGUUACGACAAAAUUUGAAUCAUCGAAACAUCAACAGCAACAGUCUCCCUCAAAUGAAAUUACCAAUUUGAAGCAAUUCGAUCCUACCAAAGUAGCUUAUUUCUAA